AUGAGGAGGAGCUUGAUGGGAAUCAAGCUUGAUAUGGAGAGGGCCUACGACAGGAUGUGCUGGGAUUUCCUUCGGCGUUCCAUGCAGGGGUUCGGCUUUCAUGCGACAUGGAUCAGCUGGGUUAUGGGAUGUGUGAGGGCUCCUUCAUUUGCCAUCUUGGUGAAUGGCUCGCCGUCCCGUUUUUUUGAGUCUGCUGGAGGGCUUCGACAGGGAUGCCCCCUCUCACCUCUCUUGUUUAUUCUGUGCGCAGAUGCGCUAUCCAGAGCUCUCAGACAGGCGAUGGACUCUGAGGAGAUGGAGGUUUACAGACCGGUGGAGGGUGCCCCGUCGUUGUCUCACCUUCUUUUUGCCGAUGAUUGUUUACUGCUUGCUCGGGCUACGAGACGGACCGCGGAGGUCCUCCGCAGGAUCCUCUGGCACUACUGUGAGGCAUCAGGACAGAGAGUUAAUCUGGGGAAGUCUUCUGUAUGUUUCAGUCCGAGGAUCAGGUCGGCGGUGAGGAUUUCUAUUUUACAGAUUUUGGGGGUGGGCGAGCAGGAGGGUUUGCUGAGGUACCUGGGGGUCCCGAUUUCUGGUCGGCGGCUGCGGAGCAGGGAUUGCUCGUCACUUGAGAUCAGUAUCAGACACAGAUUGGAGGGAUGGCAGAUGCAUUCCCUUUCCAUGAUGGGGAGGAUCACAUUGGUGCGGUCAGUCCUUUCUUCGAUCCCUAUCUACUUAUUGUCCAAUUCCUUUAUUCCAGUGUCUCUUGUGAGGUCUCUUGAGCGGAUCUUUAGGAACUUUAUCUGGGGGAGGAGUAGUGGCAGAGGAGGUAUCCAUUUGGUGGCAUGGGAGGUGGUGUGUCAGCCGAUCAGGUUCGGCGGGCUGGGGGUGCAGUCCCUGAUGGCUAGGCGGGAGGCGCUAGCGGCGCGACAUGCGGUGAGAUUUGUGUUAGAGCCAGAUAGUAUGUGGUCCUCGCUGAUGAGGGCCAAAUAUGGAGCUUUGAUACCUGGGGUGCGUGGUGGCCGUUCCCAUUCGCCGGUGUGGAGGGAGAUGUGUGCUAGAGCAGCGCUGGUGUUACCGGAGCUGAGAUGGGCCAUUGGAGAUGGGCGGUCGAUCGAUGUUUUGGAGGAUAGGUGGGUGACUGAGCAGCCGAUCAGCCGUCUUCCGACCAUGGUGGACUCGGCGAGGAUUGUUGGAUUCAGGGUCAGUGACCUGAUGGACCCAGAGGGGGGUCGCUGGAGGGAGGGUCUGAUUCGGGAGGUGUUUGGGGAGCAGUUGGCUGAGUUGGUUUUGGAUAUUCCGAUUCCAUGGCAGGAGGUGCCGGACAGGAAUGCUCGCCUAUUUGAGGGGAGGAUGUGGUCUUCGAGGAUGGUGGUGGAUCGAGCUGUGCUACGUGCAGGGGAGAUCGCUGUGGCCUCUGCUUCUGUUACCUCUGGGAUGGCCAGGGACACCUGGGGUGUGGGAUUUGUGAUCAGAGACUGUGGGGGUAGAUUGAUAGCCGCUGGGGGUCGUAGCAUCUCAGGACCUACCGUUGUCGGGGCUGAGCUGUGUGCUGCUUGGGAGGGCUUAUCCUUUGCGAGGAGGGCUCUCGGUGCUGCCCGGGUGUUUCUCGAGGGUGACUCUUCGGUGGUGAUCGACUGGAUUCAGGGGGUGGACAGGAUCAUAAGACCAUGA